UUACAUUUUUUUCACUUAGUGUCCGCCGAACAUCAAGGUCUACCCUUCUAAUUGGACAAUCUCUCAUGAUAACGAGGAGCUCUAAAGCCGGGGGUAAGCUGGGAUCAUGGAUAAGCCCUGCACUUUUUCUCCAAUCUUUUCUUACUUCGGUACGUACUGAUAGGCGCUUCCGUCACGGCAACACCAACAAAGAUAUCGAUGGAGACCACACGGCGUUACUUCGUUUAUGGAGGUACAUCUGUGUAUACGUUAGGUAUUCAAUACGAAAGCGACCGGAUCUGAAUCCGAGGGAAAGAUAUGUCCUUCCUCGACAAGAUCUUUUUUAAGAUUAUUUCAAGUUACUGCUAGGAUUUCAUAGUAAACCGGCGAGGGAACCUCAGAUCA